AUGAGAGAGAAGUGGAAGAAAAAGAGAUCCCGCAGGCUUAGGCGCAAACGCAGAAAGAUGAGGGCUCGUUCCAGUACGUAUACAUACACCUCACGAAAAGACAUGCCAACGAAUUUUUGCAGAGUAAACGCACCCACGAGUGUGCUGGCCUACGUAACGUCUAGGUCGUCAGUCCAAGCAACUCCGAGGAGCGAUGAGUUUGGCGUCCGUUCGAUCCGCCAUUGUUUCACUCCAGUUCUGGCGCCCGAUAUGAGGUUGUCGUAUCGCCUACACGUACACUGUGCGCCUUUUGGGUCAGGGUGCACACAGCUAUCGGCUUUUUGGUCAAGUGUGGUCGAGGUUGUUUCAUGGGUCGUACAAAUAAAUGUCUUGAUAUUCUCUCAAAAUCAAAACAAAUGCUUUCUCCCCGACCAUCUGUGUUUGAGUAAAGGAAUUCUAAGAGUUCGAAGAGAUUACUUCAAGAUUUAG